AAGAUCGCGUCUGAGCUGAUCAAAUUCUAAAGCUCCGCAAAUAUCACUCCAUCCUUCGCUGCAAAAAAUCAAAAGGUAUGGUUAGAAAGAAAGCUUCAUCAACAGAGGAUACGGCAACGGCCGCAACGAAACAUGAGCAGCCUCUUCAAGCCGUCUUGCUGGCGGAUUCCUUCGUCAACACGUUUCGGCCGCUGAGUCUGGAUCGUCCCAAGAUGUUGUGCCCGUUGAACAACGUCACCUUAAUUGAUUACGCUGUUGACUUCUUGGCGGGAGCUGGGGUUGAGGAGUUGAUUGUAGUUUGUGUUUCGGAUAAAGUUGAAACGCACGUCAUGCAACACACAUCACUGCCCAUUCAAGUGUCCGUCAUCAAGGACAGUUCUUUGGCGAAUGCUGGAGAUGCUCUGCGAGAGCUCGACAAACGCGAUCUUGUCCAGAGUGAUCCCUUCAUUCUCAUGUAUGGAGAUGUGCUGACCAACGUGGAUGUGUCUGGAGUUAUUGCUGCACACAAAGAACGUCACAAGAAAGAUCGGUCAGCCAUCAUGACGAUCCUACUGAAGCCGGUUGGUGUUUCAGAUAUUUGUGGAUCAUCCACAAAGUAUUCGUCAAUCCGUACGACUACCGAAGACCUCGUAGUUGGCAUCGAUCCAACGCAAGACAAUCGUAUUCUCGUUUACGACGACAAGAGCUCCAGGGCGUCCGUUUCGGUGCCUUGCUCCUUUUUUGCGUUACAUCCGCAAGUCGAUUUGCGCUGCGAUCUACUCGACUGUGGUAUCGACAUUUGCAGUCCAGAUGUACUCGCCCGCUUUACCGACGAAUUCGACUACAGCGAGAUCCGUCGCAUGUUCGUGGCCAACUCGGUAGCGGAAGAAGAAGAGGGCCUACAGAACAAGAUAUACGCCCACCUCCUGGCUCCGUCCGAAUACGCCGCUCGAGUGCACGAUUUUUCUACGUAUCACGCCAUUUCCCGUGACUUGCUGCGACGCUGGUGCUAUCCCGUGGUCCCGGAUAACUUGCCGAGUGGCUAUGAAAAACAGUACCGAUACGUCUUGCAAAGGCAUUGUAUGUAUUAUGAGCAUCGAAACGGAAAGGCCAAGGUGGGUCGAUCGUCACAGGUACAGGGCGCAGGUAUGAUUGGUACCUGUUGCUGUAUUGGAGAAGAUUGUCAGAUUAACUGUACUGUAAUUGGAAAUCACUGCCACAUUGCGGCCAACGUCAAUAUCCAAGGUUCCCAUCUAUGGGACAAUGUUGUGGUCGAAGAAGGUGCUGUUAUUGUGCAGUCGAUUUUGGCGGAUGGUUGUCUAGUUAAGGCCGGAGCCGUGGUGCAACGUGGCUGUAUCAUUGGGGCUGGUUGCGUGAUCGGGGCUGGUUGCGUGCUACCGGAGUAUACUCGACUUUCUCUCAAGGUGGAAAGUGACGACAAUUUUGACGACGACUGGGGUGAUGAUUCCUCUUCGGAAGCAUCAGAAGGCAGCAACGCGAAGAAAGAAGUUCUCGAAAGCGAAGCAAUGUACCACAAAAACGUCGUAGGCCCAGACGGAAAAGGCAUAGUUUGGAACUAUCCACUGGACGAUGACGAGGAAGAAACCGAAAAUCUUCCGCCAGCAGAAAUCUUAAGGGCUCAAAGCAUUGGAUUUAACCCUACUGCUUUGUUUGCAGAACGCCAAAAGAUUCAAAGAGAACGAGAGGACUGCUUCAGCGACGAAGAAUCGACCGGCAAUAUCAAUGACUUGGGUGAGUACGAUGGAGGCAUUACUUUUGUUUCGGACGAUACCAAUGCGCAAGCGGCUUCCAUUGUCGGCCGUCAAAAAGGUGUAGACGUGAUCAAGGAGCUCAAAUCAAUAUGUUUGGAGUACGAACCCGCCAGUCCAAUUGAGAACCUAGCAAUUGAACUCAAUUCUUUCAAGUUUAGUCAGAAUGCAACGUACGUGGACUGUACAACUGCUGCGACGUUGGCAAUUCUAGAACAAAUGAGCAUAACCAAAGAUACAACCGAUGGCAAGCUUGUGCAAGAGUUUAAAUCUUACCUCGACCACUGGGCGCCUUUGCUGCAGAAGAUGAGUAUUGGUCUAGACGAAGAAAAGGGCAUUGUCCUGGCUUUGGAACAGUGUGCCCUAGAAUCCAAUGAACGCGGCCAAACUCUGAGUUCAGGAACGUCUUUUCGAUUUCUGUUGCAAACAUUGCACGACGAAGAAAUCGUCAGUGACGAAGCGAUCUUGUCGUGGGCGGCUGACCGGCAGGAAGAUGCAGAUGGGAGUCGUCUGAAAAAACUGCUAGAUCUACCGCUGGUCAAAGAUUUUUUGGAGUGGCUGGAACAAGAAAGCGAAGACGAAGACGGAAGCAGCGAGGAAGACUAACAAGAUUGGUUUUCCCUUAGCUCAUAGCUGUCGACAUUUGUAAAAAGACGAGCCG